AGUGAAAAGCGACAAAUUGAAAGAGCGAUAAUAUGAAGAUAGCACGCAGCUCUAUUUUUAAUGCAAAUGCUUUCCUUGUUAAGUAGUUAAGCGCGGCUAUAACAAGAUGAAGUGACAUCGACGUGACCUGAUACCUUUCAAGGGUGAAGCGAUGGCGCUGAAGCGGCCCUCGUCGCGACCGACGGCGUCGUCGUAGUAGCUAGCACAGAGCUAGCUGGAAACCUCUGAUGAAAAAUAGGAAUACAACAUGACAACUUAACAUUUAACGUCGAGAGCCAAUUGUUACAACUAUCAUGUUGUCAGCCAGCCCCUCCGCCCCUGACCUUGAGGGGAGAGGCAGGCAAAUUGUACGGAAGGUGAGGGAGAGACUCAUCAUUACACGUUUGGGCUACUCAGUAGCACCUUCAUCAACAGUAGAACGUGGAUCAACUACGUCAACGACCCACGGGGAUUGCGAACACGAAGGAGCGACGACUACAGGAGAACGUGGAUCAACGACUCACGGAGGAGCGACGACCACGUCAUCCUCGUCUUCUUCGUCUUCGUCCUCGUCUUCAUCGAGCAAUGACGUGCCGCAUGAUGCAAAGGACGAAAGGAAGAUGCUGAACAAGAUCCUCACUGUUAAGAUGAGUAUGACUAUUUAAAUAUAAUUAUAAAUUGAUAACUGCUUCUGCUUACAGAAACUCAAACUCAUAGUAGGUCUAGUUCAAGUUCAAGCUUUUGGUGUUGGUGGUAGACAGUGUUGCUCCUCGUGCCACUUCUAACUUCCUGUCCGACUCUGAGAGGAGGAGAGCGAUUACUAGCGGGCAGCAACGUCGAAGGCAAAAGCAGAAGUGGGCCAUCUUUAAGAGCUAACACUCAUAAUUCAAGGGGUCCUGCUGGAAAUUAUCAACACAGGAGGUGGACACUUUGGGGAUGACAACAUCCACAUCCACAAUUACGCUAAGUACGUAUUAUUAUAGAAUAUAGAUAUAUGAAUUUUCUACGCAGGAUUAGCUAGUCUUUUUAUGAUCAACAUCAAUCGCCGUCUAGUCCAAACACAAAAAUAUUAUUAAAUAGAUAUAUAAUUUCAAGCAGCGCAAGCACUGUUCCCUCUGCAGCGUCAAAGCAUGAUAUUUAUUAUAAUUAUUAUAGACACAUCUGAGUCAAGGUCUAUGUCAAGGUCAAGGAGGACUAUCAUCUUUCGCCGACAUUGCGAAGGAGGACUAUCAGCCGAGAUGACUUUUCAUACAGUUGUUGAGCCUGGUCUAAUAUUUACUAUCACCAUGCGCAGACCCUGUUGGCAGCGACCAGAUCCGCAUGGUCCUCUUUUUUGCAGCAGCAUACUAACGACCUUAGAAAAAACGUCACUUAUGAGUCUCGAUCUUCCUUGAUGUCGAUGCAUACUGUGAGUGUCCUUGUUGCUGCAGGUUCGAUAGCGAUAGUAUAAAUGAUUUUUCAUCAUGAUUGAAUAAUAGACGAAAAACAUUUUGAUGUUCUCUCUAUUUCGCCUCGCUGGCACUCUCACUCUUCUAUCGAAGAUUUACUUUUAGAUUUAGUUGUUAAUGCUUAUGCUAUCUGAAUCUGAAAUAUCAAUAAGUCUUCUACUAAGAGUGGAAACUGCGGCUGAGACGGUUUGUCGUGUCAGUUGAGGAGCGAGCGAGACGAGCUGUGAAGUCCAACAAUGCCUUGAAGACAUGCACGCGCUUUUCUACGUUAUUGUGCUUCUUGGUAUUAAGGCUUUCACUAUAAGUAAUUCAUCUGUACUAGUUAAGUGCAUGCUUCAAAAGGAUGCCGGAUAAGUGGUCGUGUGAUCUAGUAUCUUCACGACAGGAAAAAUAUAAUAAUCGCGGCUCCCCCGACGUCCUUCGAGAGUUAAAUACUUAACUUAUGUUCAAGAAGGAUGAAGCUGAAGGAUGAAUUUAUGAGACGAGGUCUAAUGGUGUCUCUACCUGUAUUGA